GUCAGUCUUAAUCUUUUUAGUGUACUUCCUCAUUCAUUCAGUCUUAAUCUUUUUAGUGUACUUCCUCAUUCAUUCAGUCUCAAUCUUUAGGACAGUACAGAGCGAACCAUAAUGUGGUUUUACAAAAUUAUGUGCGUGAUUAUGUUGGCUACUGGUAAUGUACAAGGUACCGAGUACACGAUAUCCAAUGAAACGACAGACUGGAACCAUGCGAGUUGCAAAAUGGCCUUUCCCGAUCUCACGUACACGCAAAAAGAUGGUUGGCAUAUUGACAAACGACAUUUGAGUCAAUUGAAUAUUUCUUCAGAUGGUGUUUGGAUUGGGUACAUCAAUGCCACUGUGGCGUUUGAAUACUUAGGUUGCUUACAAGUGUCAACCCCAGUCGAAACACAAUUAUUGAACAACAUCGGUGAGUGCAAUUUGAAGUGCAAAGGAAACAUAUUCGGUGUGAAAAAUGACAGCCCCAGUAUACAAGGUGUUAUAUGCCUGUGUAUCGGCAGCAGCGAUGACAUGACAACCCAAUCCUGCACAGGAGUAUGUGACCAAGACUUUAGUUGUGGAAAGCAUAAUACAGAUAACUUUGCAAUCUACAAGAAAACAAAAGUUUCUAACACGAGCGAAGAUGAUCCUUAUUCAAAUUGUUUGAUAUUUCGUUCUUUGACAUCACCUUUCAAAUGGCAGACUUGUAGAGAUCUUGGAAGUCAUAGAGUUCUUUGCAGUAUUAAGAACUCAGACGGCCAGUGGGUCGCUUACAGCAUGAACACGUUCCGGUCAUCGUGGGUGACAGCAAAUGAAGGAUGUUUGUCCAACGAAACUUUGCCAGCGACACUUAACAGCAUAUUUAAAGGAUUGAGUUAUGCUUUGGAUCAAGCUCAUUGGACAGGCGUCAUCCGAACACACACAGUGCUGAUGGCAGACGAUAGAGAUUUUAUUACAAAGCCUGGAGAACGCACAUAUUCAUUCGUGACAAAUAGUGGAAAAAUCUAUUUCGAAGGAAGCGGGAAUAGAAGCAGUCUUUGUACAGCAUCACCAGCCGCAACAACAACACCAACGUAUAACUUGUCAACGACAAUCAUUCCUACCGAAGAAAUUAUCAAUUUUACGGUUGUAUUUCAAGAGGAAAAUCAAGUAGCCUCAAUUUCUCCAAGUAACCCUAUCCAUAGCAGUACUACAAGUCAUCAAUCGACACUCAUACAGUCAUCAACCAGUAAGGAAAACAUACAAAAAUCCACAGAAUCCACAGCCAUGGGUAUAGAAAUCGGCAUUUCAGUUGCAGUCUUUUGUAUAGUUGGGGCCACAAUUGCUAUACUCGUUCUUAAGAAUAGGGGAAUAUUGCCCUGCAAACUUGGAGCAGACAAAGAACAACCAGCGGACGGAACAAUUGCAUUUGAAGAAAACAUGACAUAUAAUAAAGGCCUUGACGACACUGUUAACGACCAUAAUUAUUUCAUACUGGAAAAAGGCUUACAAGCAGUAAAUGAAAAUAUCGACAAUUACAAUACCCCAUGUGAAGCAAAUCAAGGAAAUGGUGAAGAAGGUACUUACAAUUCAAUAGAGGACACAGAUGAACCAUAUAGACAUUUUAAAGAUAGCAACGGUGACUAUGACUACACGACCAAUAAUUUAACAAGUGGCUCGAAUACGAGAAAACCUGAAAAUGUCUACAACAAACUGAAGAUAAACAGACCAGGUGACUAUGAUCACGUAGAUGGACGUGAAAAUAAUGUUACCCAAGCAGGAAACGACUACGAUACAACAUCUGCUGCUUUUGCUUCCAGUAACGCUGACGUUAGUGAUUACAAUCAUAUCCCACACCCUGUUUAAGGGAAAAGUGACUAUGACAUCAAUACAGGGAGGAAGGUAACACUCGUCCCGAGCGAUACAUCGGGGUAUGCUCACGUCAAAAUUUAAAACAAAACAAUUAAGUAAAUAAGCUAUGGAAUUUAUAUACCAUUAACUAUGUAUACUAUACUGCAAAUACGUGUUUCUUUUGUACAACUUUUACAAUAAAUGUAUAUGGAUGUGCUUAAUUGGACGAUGUACAUAGAAGAAAAAUAGAGAUCAUUAAAAAAGCAUAGAUUACCAAUAGAUCAACAAUCAUUGCCAUAGCAAUUGUAUCAUUAGUCUAUUAAAUAUAAGUGUGUUACAUAACUUCAAUGACUGGCACAUUUCUACAUGAAAAAGUCAAAAUCUUAAGCGUACGGGCAUAAAUGUUAUGUUCUGUUUAUUUGCGUAAAUGUAAAUGUACGCUUACAUCAUCCCUCUAUGUCUAUUGAAACAAUAAUUAUAAGUGCCUAUUUUUGAUGACUUAUAGAAUUAGUGAUUAAGGUAUAGCGAUUAUAUAGGUAGGCAGCAAUUAUGUUAAUGUUACAAGUUUAUCGCCACUUCACAUGGGCACGUUAUAAUAAUGUCUAUUGAAUAUCCGUGUUAAUACUGAUAUUUCGUGCCUUCUUGACACUACAUUACCGUUACGUUAGUUCUCAUUUUAAGAUAACUAAUUUAAUACUAAGUGUUUAUUGCAAUUUAUAAAGGUAUUUGUUCA